UUCUCUUUCUUUCUUUCUUUCUUUCUUUAUAGAACUUGUACUUAAUAAUAUAUUAAUAUGGGAAUCAAACCAAGAUCAGCUUGGAUCUCGUGUCUUGGCUCCGCCUUCCGCACAGCCAUGGCUUGCGCAUUUGUAGGCGGGGUGACCUUGUUUGGACCGGACUCACUCAACCGUCACCUAGCUCUACCCGCUUUCUCUUACGUGACCGUCAUACUAAUAGUAACCGACGCCACCUUGGGAGACUCCAUGCGUGGAUGCUGGCACGCGGCUUACGCCACGUGCCAGGGAGUGGUGCCUGCAAUCUUGGCUCUGUGGCUCAUAGGCCCGGCAAGGCUGUCCGCGGGAACUACGGCUGUGAUGGUGGCUAUAAGUGCCUUUGCGGUGGUCUUGCCGGAGUCCACGCAUCUUGUUGCCAAGCGUAUAGCCUUGGGACAAAUUGUUUUGGUUUAUGUUAUUGCUUAUAUAAAUGGAGUUGAUACGCACCCUGUUAUGCAUCCUGUUCAUGUUGCGGCUAGUACGGCUCUUGGAGCUAUUGCGUGUCUUUUAGCACUUAUGCUCCCUUUUCCAAGCUUGGCUUCUCUUGAGGUAAGAGAUAAUUGCAAGCUUUUGGCUGAGAAUGUAUCGGAUAGGUUGAAGCUACUUGUGAAGGCAUUAUGUGCAGAUGACAAUUCAUCUGCUCAAUCAUUUAUUUCUCAAGCGAAAUACUUGGCCAUUAGUGCACCCAAAUUUCUAAAUAUGAUCAAGUCAAGACAAGAAAGCAUGCAAUGGGAGAAGUUUCCUGUUAAAUUCUUGUUGAAACCAGACUGUAUGAACCCUGGAGAUAGGUUUCAAGGACUGGAAGCUCCAUUGAGGGGUAUGGAGAUGGCUCUUGCAUGCUUACAAUCCUCGCAGAGGCCGGUUCAAACCCUCCAACAAGAACUUAAAGACGAGAUCCUUUUAAUGGAGAACCGUUUUACUCAAACCUUAAAACGAGAAAACUGUAAUGCCACGUUACCUUUUGACCAUGCUUCGUCGACGUCGUUGUCAAAAGAUUCCGAAUCAAAUGACGUCGAUAACCCUACCAUGUUCUUCCAAACACUUCAAAACUUACAAGACUUGCCCACUAUAUUCUUCAUGUUUUGCUUGAACCUUCUUGUUAACAAACCAAUGGCCAAUUCUUCAACUAAAAUCUGUGAAACCAAACAAGGAACAGAGGAAGAAGAGAAGUCCGGGUUCAGCUUCCCAAGGCUCAGCAAUCUUUGGGCCAUGAGAGCAAAGAACAAAAGAGCCAUGGCAGCCUUCAAGGCUUCAAUUUCUUUAGGCCUUGCUGUCUUGUUGGGUUCAUUAUAUAGCAAACCAAAUGGGUUUUGGUCAGGUUUGCCAGUGGCUAUCAGUUUAGCUGCUGCAAGAGAGCCGGCUUUCAAAGUGGCUAACCUAAAGGCUCAAGGAACUGUUUUGGGUACUGUCUAUGGAGUUUUGGGUUGUUUCUUCUUUGGAAAAUAUGUCAAGAUAAGGUUCCUUUCUCUCCUCCCGUGGUUCGUUUUCACCAGCUUUCUCCGGCGAAGUCGAAUGUACGGUCCUGCCGGCGGCAUCUCGGCCGUGAUCGGAGCUGUCUUGAUCCUAGGCCGGAACAGAUUCGGGGGCCCACGAGAUUUCGCGAUAGCCAGAAUCGUCGAGACUUUUAUCGGGCUUUCUUGUUCGGUUAUGGUCGAUCUUUUGUUCCAACCGACAAGAGCUUCAACUUUGGCCAAGACCCAAUUGGCUAAAAUGCUUGGAGCCUUACACGAGUGCAUUGACUCCAUUACUUUUACAAGGUCGGACUCAAAUCAAAAUUUGGAUGGUUUCCAAAAGAAGCUACAAUCCCAUUUAAACGAGUUCAAGAAGGUCAUCGAUGAGGCCGAAGUCGAGCCCAACUUUUGGUUCUUACCUUUCAAAGGUUCCUGUUAUAGUAAGCUAGCGGGCUCACUUUCCAAAAUGUCGGACCUCCUUCUAUUCACGACGCAAUCAAUCGCGCAUGUGGAGCAUGAACUAAUAAGAAGAAGGGCUAGCUUAAACGAAGAAAUGGAUAUGUUAGAAGGAGAUAUUGGGCUUUACAAGAAAAUGUUGUGUCCAUACUUAAAAUCCUUGGAACAAGUGAGUUUAAUGAAGUCAUUAGUAAUCCCAAACAAAGUCCUACAAAAAAGAGACAUAUCCCAUAAUCUUGAAGAGGGUGAAUUACCAAAUGAGAGUGCAAUUUGGCUAUCUAACUCGGGAGGAGAAGAGAUGGAGAAGAUAAUUAAGUCGUAUCUACAACACUCGAGUGAGAUGGUUGAGAAAGUUGGGCCGGCCGGUUUGGAGGACGGGGUCGGGGAUUUGAUGGUCCAAAGCCGGCUAUGCAUGGGGCUGUGUGCACUUGGAUUUUGCAUGAAUGGUGUGAUUAGGGAAGCAAAAGAGAUAGAGAAGGCGAUUCAAGAAAUAAUACAGUGGGAAAAUCCUACAAGCCAUGUUGAUUUGCAUGAAAUUGUAUGUAAAUUACGUAUUUGAUAAGUUUAAUUUAUAAUAUCAUAAUAAACCUGCAAUUAAGCCUUAAUUAAGGAGAGAUCAAUUUG